UGUGUUGAAGUAUAUACUAUAAUAUUUAGAUUUAACAACUUCUAUCUAUUAAGAAAAAACUGUAAUGUCAUGAUAUUAUAUGAAAUAUAAAAGAAAUUCAUAUUAUAUUAUAAAUAAAAAAUUAUAAUGUUAUGUAAAUUUUUGUAAAAAUACAUUACAUAACGAAAAUAAAUAUUUUUUCAUAUUAUUACUGCAUAUUUAUAACAUUUAAUCAUGACUGAUACAUCAGAAGUAAAACAUAAAGAAAAAUUAACACAAAAAAGACCUCAGUUUGGAAACCGCGUUUUAUCAAAUGAUGAUGAUGUGUUUUGUCAUAAUGCAUGCAUUUUUAAAGGGAUAAUGUUGUUUGGAAUAAGGAACAGGAAGAAUUAGCCCAAAUCAAAGUAAAUGAUAAUUCUAUUGUUACAUUAUCAAUGGAAACAUUAUUGAAAUAUGAGAAUGAAGCUGAUAAAUAUUGGAACAAAUUUUAUGGAAUUCACAAUAAUAGAUUUUUUAAAGAUAGACAUUGGUUGCUCACAGAAUUUCCAGAAUUAGCUCCUGAUACAGUAAAACAGAACCAUAUGCAACCAAUGAGAGCUAUUGUCACAAAUGAUCAUAAUAGCGAUGAAGAUACAUAUACACAUGUUCUUAAUACACCAUGUAUAGCUUCAAAUAAAAUCUUAGAAAUUGGUUGUGGUGUAGGAAAUACAGUAUUUCCAAUACUUUUAUAUAAUACAGAUCCAAACUUGUUUGUGUAUUGUUGUGAUUUCUCUACAAAAGCAAUUGAUAUAUUACAACAAAAUCCGGCUUAUGAUACAACAAGAUGCAAAGCAUUUGUUCUUGAUGUAACCCAAGAAGAAUGGAUAGUACCAUUUGAACCUGAAAGUCUUUACAUAAUUGUCCUAAUAUUUGUUCUUUCAGCUAUACAUCCAGAUAAGAUGAAACAUGUUAUUAAAAACAUAAAUCUCUAUUUAAAACCUGGAGGAUUAGUUCUGUUUAGAGAUUAUGGAAGAUAUGAUUUAACACAAUUGAGAUUUAAGAAAGGUAGUUGUUUAUCAGAAAAUUUUUAUGUUCGUGGAGACGGUACUAGGGUAUACUUUUUUACACAAGGUGAUGUAAGAACAUUAUUUACUAGUAAUGGUUUCAUUGAAGAGCAAAAUUUAGUCGACAGGAGAUUACAAGUAAAUCGAGGAAAACAAUUAAAAAUGUAUAGAGUUUGGGUUCAAGGAAAAUACCGUAAAAAAUAUAUUGAUGAUAUAGGAUACAGAGAUAUAGAAUAAGCCAGAAAUAAUAUUUUAUCUAUUUUCAUUAAAGUUUAUAUUCGACAUAAUUUAACAAUAAUUUAAGUAAUAUCAGAAAGUAAUUAAACAAUAAAAA